AUGGAGGACUCCUCAACCGCCAUGGAAACCGAAUCCCACGCAGCACCAGACAGCGAAUUUGCGCAUUCUCCCUGGGUCGAGCUCGGCACCUUUACUUCCCCUCAACACUCGCCGCCGAUGCCCGAAUAUAGCGGGUUUGACUAUGGUCAUUCGCCGCUAAUGGCCGUAGACGCCACCUACGGCAUGUCUAUACCGCCGCCUUACGCAUCGAUGCCUCUCCCGAUGCCGUCGCAUUCCUGGCCGAGCAUGCUUACGCACCAGUCUCCCUUCCACGAGUCCGGGUUGCCUCCAGUAUCGGUUCCAACCUCGGUUUCGCCCUCGGCGCCAACGCCUCCGAUUCGGAAGACUUCGACAGGGGGCUCAACGCCGCGCAGGACGCUUACGGACGAAGAUCGGCGACAGAUGUGUUUAUACCAUGAGGAAAACAAGCAGGCAAAACAAACUGAUAUUGGAGCGCUCUUUGGAGUGGAAAGAAGCACUGUUUCCAAGGUCCUGCGUCAGAAAGAGAAAUAUCUCAAUCCCGACGAUGGGAGUCGGUCGCCCAUCAAACGGGCCAAGGGUCGAGUCCCCGAUAUCGAGAAGGCGCUAUCAAACUGGGCCAGAAACUACCAACGCCAGGGCUUCCCUCUCAACGACGAAAUGAUCAAAGAGAAAGCGCGCUUUUUCGCAAGCACCUGCGGGUGUCCCGAGGGCAAGGAAAAGGUGCUCACAGCGAGCUGGCUGGAGAAAUUCAAGCAGAAGAAUAGCUUGCUAGGCGCAAAGUCUCGAAGGGGCUCGGGAGGAAAGGGCGUGCGCAGCAACUCAAACAGUCCGACUCGCAUUAAUACCGAUUCGGCCAAUGAAUCAACCGUUCACAGCCCAACUGGACGCUCGCCCGUAUCCCCCAAUGGCUUUGGCUCGCCUCUGUCUCCUACGCAUAGCCAAGAGGGCGUGAAACAAGAGGGUGAUGAGCUUCCUGGGCUGGCAGGAGGCUGCCCACAUUAUACCAAAGGCACCACAGCGUUGGAUACUACCUCCUGUUCCGUCGGAAUGACCAGCCCUACCUCUACACUCGUAUCCGACAGCCCCUUCACUCCAACGAGCCAGCAUCGCCUCCCAACCUCCGGGCCUAACAUCAACCGUCCGCGCAGUCAGACAUUCCCUCUGGUGCCAAUUGACCCCAGCCUCCUAUCCGCGGACGACUCGCAAUGCACAAAGGUCGAGCAACACAUGGGCGUGACUAUUCUAGAGUCACCAUUGGAAAUGGACGAUCACGAAUCCCACAUCGCGAUCAAGGGAACAGAUCCAACCAAGGUGAUCAAGCGCAACCGCAGCAAUCCAGAGAUCAAGACUGAGUCGAUGCAGCCACCUCCUGCGGUCUCCAAGUCGAGCACUGUUUCCCCGAUCAAUGCCCCUGGCUCCCCGACGCAAGACGAGGCAAGACGUGCACUGGAGCUCGUCAUGAAUUACUUCCAGCAUCAGCCGGCUGGGCUUGCUGCGCAGGAGUACGUGACUAUCGGCAAAUUGAUGGAGCGGCUUGAGCUGGCUAAGAACCAUCAGGGUCCCCUAUUGGGCGGGCUGACCCGAAUCGAUGAGCACGACGACGUUCCUCGUGUUACCAAGAAACGGAGCAUCCACAACAUAGGGUGA